AUCGACUACUUCAUGCCUGAAAUUUGCUUUUGUGUGAAAUGUUGUAGGGAGAGACGUCCAUGCCUGUUGAGGCAUUUAGGUGUUUUUUUAAAAAAAUUUGUUUGAUUUUCAGACCACUCAUUUCAAUUCGCACUUAUAUUGGGUUGCAAACAUUUAACAUUGGAAGUUGCUUCGAUUUUCUUUUUUUUUCUUUUUUUUUCAUGAAUUUUCAUAGGAACUUCGAGGAUUUGGUUUAACUGAUCAAUAAUGGACGACAUGGAUCAUGAACAACAGAGAGGCAGUAGUAGGAAUCCAAGGGUGCGUUUUGAUAUCCCUUCUAAAGAAGUUGAUCCCACAACUCAACACCAAACUUCAGUUUAUUCUUCAUCGUCGGGUUCUUUGGAUCUAGAUGCCAUUGAGAAUAUCCUUAAUGGCGUCUCUCCUGAAUACGAAAACGCUGGCCUUGAGAUGCAAGGACCAACAUCAGCAGCAGCAGAUCAUGCUUCUGAUACUCCUCUUCUGAGCAACCAAAAUGUAUUAUCUACACAAUUUGCUCAAACUCAAUUAAUGGGGACACCUGCAGGCUAUGAUCCAAAUAGAAUUCCAUCAUCUAUAUUUUCUAAUAUACCCACAACACCUAUGGAUUGGAGUACUGCCUCAAAUGAAUCAUUGUUCAGCAUUCAAAUUGAGAACAGCAGCUUCUCCAGAGAUAAUUUUAUCAUGUUAAACAAAUCUGGAGAGUUGCCAAGGUUGGAUGAAUUAAUUACUAUACCACCUAUCGUCCCUCGUGCUCUAGAAUCCGGGGAAGAUAAAAGUGAUCAGAGUGCUGAUCAUUCAGGGCGGAACUCUGAAGUAACAGAAGCAUCAAGCCAAACUAGUACAGUAGCUUGGUGGACAAGUCCUGAAUAUGAUGAUGACAUGGGAAAAGUACUAUCUCUUGCUAUGCAGAUGCGAAACUCUAAUGCAAUGUCAUACCGUUCUGACGAGAGCAAUCACAGCGCCCACUCCUUCAAUUUCCCACUUUUGACAGGCAGCAGUGGACUGAGUAGCCCCGUGACAAUGGACUUGAAAAGGCAGCAACUGCAGCAGCAAUCACAACCCCAAAACAAACGGAUGGCUUCAAAGCGUGUUUGGGUCAAAUUGUUUAAUUGCCUCAGUUUUCGCUCACAAUGUUUUUGAAUGUUGAGGGAGAAUAUAUGUAUGCAGUCGAUAUAAUUGUUCUGUAUGGAUGACUAAAAGACUUUCCCACUACAUUCAGGAUUCCUGCUCGACUGGUCUGGAUCUCAAAAUCAGCUUUCUAUCCACACAGGCAUCAUUUCAAUCAUUAUUAACAUACAUGAUACCAAAUGAAAAAGUCUUAUCUUGUACUCAUGUUUAAGGAUUCUCUCUCUACUUAUAUUUGUGGGAGCAAUCAGU